CUGCCGCCGACACGGCCAACAAUCAGCAGCCGCCUCCUUCACUGUGCACCACGGCUUGAGUGUGGAAUAGAUAGAAGGAGAAGAGCAGCAAAAAUGAUGCCGAGUGUGUGCUGUUGGACUCUACUGCUCGCUUUGCUGGCAGGUCAGCCUGCAGAAACAUCAACUGCUCCUCCCAUCAAUCUUACAGUGCAAUGCUACUGCGCCAGUUAUCCCAACGUGACCUUUUGCUCCUGGCCUCAACCUGCAGACUCUCAGCCAGUGAAUUACUCCGCAUCUUACAUGGAGAGACACCAGCCAUCAGUCACCAAGCAGUGUCAACUAAUCCCCCCCAACUCUUCAUCAUCAUCAUCAUCUUCGGGUCAUCGUCAGCUGUGGUAUUGUCCCCUGCGGGAACUGAAGCUGCUGACGGACUACAUCAUCAACGUGACCGCGCUUUACGAGGGCGGCAGCAGCUCGCACUUCACCAGCUUCAUGCUGGAGGACAUCGUCAAACCCGACCCCCCCGUGGACAUCAAGGUGUCCCCGCAUCACCCCAAGAAGCACUUAUUGGAGUGGUCGGCUCCUCCCACUUGGACGUACCUGGACAUCGCCCCCUUGAAGUACUACAUCACGUACAAGUGGGACCACAAGGGCAUCACCAAGUCCGUGGAAUUGGGUCCUUUGGAGAACACCAGCAUGGAACUGGACCGUCUCUGCCCGGGUAGAACUUACCGCUUCCAGGUGUGCGCCAAGGAGCUGCUGGGUCUGGGCCAGCGUAGUCACUGGAGCUCGCCCGUAACAUUCACGUCACCCAAGAAAAAAGACUAAAAAAAACAAUUGUCUAAUGUGCAUAAUUGGCCAUGACGCAUGUGCAUGUCAUUGUAAAGAGAGAGAGAGAAAUAACGAACGGGGAGUACAAAAAGAUGAAAAGCAAAAGUAAUAUAUUAAAGACUGUCCUCUGUUGCUUA